UUUUUUGAUACAUUGAAACAAGAUGUCUACCAUAUACAGACCGAAUACGAGUCCGAGGCCGACAAAGCAGGAGCGACGGAUGAAGGCCAUCAAGCGUUUGGAUCAACUGUCGCGCGAUCCGGGCCAAUGUCCUAUUGCCAAUUGCAGUCAAUAUGUCUUCCCCUCGGGUCUGAUGUCGCACCUGCGCCGUUAUCACGCCCGGAACCCGAACCUCGUCUUCCGCAGUGCCUAUGAAAGCAAGCCGAUACGGAUGAAGCUCCCCGAUCCCCGGGGCUUCGGUGAGUGCGAUGUGCCAAAGUGCAUCGGCGUGCUGCAGUUCGGUGGCAUAUACAAACACCCGAAGACCGCUCCAGGGCACCAUUACCUGUGCGUCGCCAACACCGAUUUGGACCAAGAUCAUCAGAAGUACAAGGACUACUUGCCCAUGAUGAUAAUGGUGAGCAAGAGCUCGUGGCAUGACAUACUGCCUUCCGCCAGGAUGCGCAACACGAAGGAGCAGUGGAAGAAGACUGAAGGAAGCCAAAACGACGGUUCCGGGCUCCUUGUCAUCUGGCUGGCAUCGCCCUUGACUGUGAAGCCGUUCCACUACACCAUAACCUUUUUCAAUGGCUCGUACAACAAUUCGAUUAGCAUGAUACGCAAAUCGCGCAGCUUCGUGGACAGCCAGAUACCCAGCAAUUUUCUCUAUGAGAAGAACGACUUCGUGAUCCUGCGUGACUUGGAUAUCCAGCUGCUAUUGGAGAGGCCCAAAGAGAAGGGUGACCAGGCGCAGGGCAUCCAAAUGGAAAUAAUCGUACACGAGCUCUUGUCGGGCUCCCUCCUCACGCAGCUGGGGUACCAAUCGACCUCUACCGAAGAGUGCAACACAGUGGAAGUGGCAAUUCCAAUAGUCUUCGAUAGAGAAGAAGACACUAAGGACGCUGAAGAUGCUCAAGCUGAUGUUGAUGCUGAUGCCUUACAGGAUGGAGCAUCGCCAACGGAUUCUGAGGAUGGGUCGUCAUCACAUACGGUAACAAAUUCGGAGGUUGCGCUUGAAUCGGAACAGCCAGUUCUGGCACAACGAACUGGAACGAAGAUUGCAACUGAAUCGAAGGUCCCACCUGGAACUAUGGCUGGAGCGGGAUCAAACCCUGAAACUAAAACUGCCACUGAAGAAAAGGCUGCAACUCAACCGAAGGCAACUAAAACUAUGGUUCCAACUACAUCAAAGGAGGCACCUGAAUCUAAGGCUGAAUCUGGAACGAAGCCUGCAGCUGAAUCGAAGGUUCAAACUAGAACUGUGGUUGUACCUGGAUCAAGUCCUCCAACUAGAUCCAAGUCUGUUACUGAAGGAAGGGCUACAGCAGGUGCGAAGGCUUCCACUAAAUCGAAGGCAACUAGAUCAUAUAUUUCCACUAAAACUAUGAUUUCAAAUACAUCAAAAAAUGCACCUGAAUGUAAGGCUGAAACUGGAACGAAGCCUGCAACUGAAUCGAAAUUCGCAACUGGAACUGGAUCAAGCCCUGCAACUAGAUCCAUGUCUGUUACUGAAGGAAGGGCUACAACAGGUGCGAAGGCUUCUACCAAAUCGAAGGCAACUAGAUAUAUUUCCACUAAAACUAUGGUUGCAAAUACAUCAAAAGACGCACCUGAUGCUAAGGCUGAAACUGGAACGAAGCCUGCAACUGAAUCGAAAUUCGCAACGGGAACUGGAUCAAGCCCUGCAACUAGAUCCAAGUCUGUUACUGAAGGAAGGGCUACCACAGGUGCGAAGGCUUCUAGCAAAUCGAAGGCAACUAGAUAUAUUUUCACUAAAACUAUGGUUGCAAAUACAUCAAAAGAUGCACCUGAUGCUAAGGCUGAAACUGGAACGAAGCCUGCAACUGAAUCGAUGGUCUCAAGUGGAACUACGGUCGGAACUGGAUCAAGCCCUCCAACUGCAUCCAAGGCUAUGACUGAAGGAAGGUCUACAACAGGUGCGAAGGCUUCAACCAAAUCGAAGGCAACUAAAACUGUGGUUGCAACUAAAUCAAAAGAGGGAACUGAACCAAAGGCUGAAACUGGAACGAAGACUACAACUGGACCAAAGACUGAGAUAAAAGCUGCACCGAUGCCAAUUCAAUCGGAUGUCGAAUCGGAAACCGACAGCGAAUUAAAAAUAGAUAACCUUCUGAAGCGCUUUGGCUGUAAACUCAACUCGGGCAGCUCAAACUCGUUAGCUGGAUGUAAUGAUCUGCAGUCUGCAACUGGAGCAAAAACUGAGAUGCCAGAUAAGCCGAUGGUAAAUUCCGAAUCGGAUACUGAGAGUGAACCAGACGACUAUGCCGUCCUUGUGCGCCUUGGCUAUGAUAAAAGCUCGGAGAGCUCACUGUCGUUAUCAAGUCUUUCUGAUGUAUCUUCCGAAUCUAGCGUUUAAAAUCACACCACACCCAAACACUUUUCAAAUUACUAUUCAAAUUUCUUUAACGAUUUGUUCAUAAUGUUUAUCGUAUAGAUGCCUCUAUUCAGAAUAAUAUUUUGGCAUAU